GAGAGGGCGAGAUAAGCGGUGUGGAGCAGAGAUGAUGUACGUGCUAUGUAUCUAUCCUUUGAAGAACUAAUUCUUCUAUAUUUAUUAAGAACCUUCACUGAUCACUAGAUACUACUUUUGCUUCCAGCUGCAAAAUCAAUUCAAGGAUGCCUUCGAAUUCUCGCCGGAGACGCCGGCUUUCGCGGCGCUCGUGGCUGCUGCGAAAGCGGCGGGGCCUCGUUGCCUUACUCGGUGUGCAUACUGCGAAUGUCGCAGCUGAUGCGCCAAAUCGUUUGCGGCGGGAAAGACCUCGUAGACGCGCGGACGCAAAUACAGACCGGGAAGUCGGAGAAGACGACCUCAAGGAGGAUCAGGCUUACCACGUUACCGUUGAUGGCGCGGCACAGGAAUUCGAGGACGAAGAGGGCCAACAUGAUAGUACCUCCUGCAUAUAGAAUAUCUAGAGGAAGUCGGGGGCCAAUGCUAUCAUGCGAAUGAUUCUGGACUUCUCUUCUCGCCUGUUCAUAGUUACUCAGUACAGGUGAUGUUCCAUCAACUACAACAUUGAUUCUCAUCGAGACAUUUUGUUAUCUUGAAGAAACAAACAGAGAGGUGCUGUCGAUAAUGGUGCACAACGUGAUCGAAGUAUCGCCGACCCUGUGUCGUUUUCAGAAAGAGCAACGUCAGACGAAUUAGGCCCUCGCAGGGGACGUCGUCAUUCCUCGCAUCGUGGGCGACGCAAGAAGAGGAAACGCCGCUCCACCCAGGAUGUUGAGCAUUGGCGUAGCGACCACGAGAGGCACCCAGCCCAGCGCGUUUCGGCAGGGGCAGAGAACGGCAGCGAUGUUGGGAAUAACGAGCUUGUUUUUCAGGACGAGGACAAGAACUAUGAUGGUUUUGAAGAUGGUGAAGACGCUGAGUUUCUUUCGGAUGAUGGAAGUGGAAAUGAAGAGCAAGGACGUGAGGGUGUGGAGGGUGACAUCGCCUCAUCGCACGCCGACGAGCGGAUCCUCGACCGCGCUAGUAAUGAGACAGAUGAUCAUAGCAAUGCCAUAGCGUCUUCUCACCACUACCGAAGUCAUGCAGCUUCUGGCACUCCUGGUGUUGGCACAUCUGUUCUCCAGCAGGAUGCGACGCCAGAAUACACCUCUUCAAGCGCAGCAAAGACAAAGAUAGAGCACGUCCCAAAUAUGGUAGGUCAUCGCCAUCACGCUCCCAGAAGUCGUCGACGGAGUACGGUUGCUACAGAAUCUUCUUCCAAAACGAUCUCAGGUCGAGCAGCCAGAGAAUUUAUUCAACAGCAUGACGAGACGCAUCUUUUUGAAGAAGGCAAUAGGGACGUCGAUAACGAUCAUGCGGUAGCAAAUAAAGAUUCAUCUGAUUCCAGAUCUCACAGUCGAGCUACGGCGGCAGAAAUAAGAUCACAACUACAUAAGGAAGUACAACCAGCAUAUCUUCGAGAAGAGGAGAGCAGUGGCACUGGAAUUCAUCAACAACCUCAUCAGCAUCUUCUUCAUCAGAGUGGAAAAGAGUCUGUGUUACAACAGAAGCGAAAAGUACCAUCUGACUUUGGUAAAGUUGUGUACACAGUAGAGGACCACGAGCUGCUGAUGGCGAAAUAUAUAGAAGAGGCGACCGAGAAAAAAUUUCUGAUGCGGUAUAUGAAGCCAGUGCCUUCAAGCGAAAGCACCAUCACGACGUUCCCUCUCUAGUAUGGCACAAACGAAAUCAGAAACCAGAUUCUCAUUGGAAAUCUUACCUCAUCUAGGAUUGCAACUACUAAAUACUAGAUAAGCUCCUGCUGCGGGCAGCUUCGUUUCUCCUUUGCUUUUUGCCCCCUUCAUCUUUCCAUGUUGUUGACCACUUCCUGCCAGCACAUUUCAUUUUUCCAUGUUAAUCCCAUCUGCAGGCGAUGAGUUUUGGUCACCGUUGGCUCAGGAGUUCGUAUUUCAGAUGGCGCAACGAGGAUUCGUGGCUGCAGAGAUAGGUUAUGAUCGCUCGUGGGCACAGUGGGAUGCGAGUGAUGUUAAGGCUUAUUCGUUGAGGAUCUCUUUCUUCUAUGUAUGUGAGUAUCUGUAUGUUCCGAAUCAACCUUGAUCUUAAGUGAGAAACUUAGCAUGUUGAAUCUUCCAUAAUAUUAAGAACCCACUCAGGCUGUACUUAAAAAACUUCUUCUCGUCUGGGGGCAUGAGCCAGAUGAGUCUUCAAUCAUUUUCAGAUUGUUGCUGCAUCUUCCAACAUCAUAUUGAUCAUCCGUUGCAUCAAGUGCUAAUCAUAUGUGCAAGGCCGAGUUACGGGCAGCCGAUCUAUUUGUGGAAAAAGAGGGCAGCGCGUUGAGCACACUUUGUGCCAUGACGAGUUUCGUAGAUUGCUCAAAAGGUGUAGCCGUCCAUGGCAUCGGGCAAGGAGCCUACAUGACACACUGGGCAAAAGCUAUGGUAUCUGCAAUACAAGUAGUACCAGUUAAUGCAGUUUUCUUUACAAGAACGAUGUGUUAAGUUUCCUUUUGAGAAUGAUGAAUAGACACUUCCAAGUACUUUCCGAUACUUUCUUGACAUACUUGACAGAGUUCUCUAGUGACGGCCGCCUUAUUCUUUUCUAUGGGAGACGGGCGACAUACCAAAUGGCCGACAACUGAGUGGGGCGACUCAUCUGCUGGAUCUGCCAAUCCGGAUUGCUACAGCAACCGCGAAAAUAAGCUGGACGCAAAGAAUCGACGUUAUCUCGCAGGUGAAGACGAUCAGUACAUCGCAGGGACGCCCCGGAGAAAUCUGAACGCGCUGAAAGGUCUCAGUGGAUACGACUGUGCGGACUAUUCCGACUGCCUGCAGAUAGAUGGAAGCGGUUAUUUCCUCGUUUCGAAAGAAUUUUACCAUGACAGCUCAUGCAAGCAGGCGCCGCAUUACUUCUUCCAGGUACCUGGUUUUUUGUAUGGUUGUUUGCGGGUCAUCUUGAGUCGCCGGGUGAUCCUUUUUGUAGAACUGAAAACUGAUAAUAUGCUCACUCGUUACAGCCAUUGCCACUGUAACGAUUGCUGCACAUGAUGUAUCAGGUGAGGAGGUCUGUUCUUCGAUGCAAUUGACCACAUUUAUCAAUCAUUAUUCCAGGAGCACUAUGCGCUGAAGGACGGGCAUAUACCUGUGUGUCAGUUUCUCGGCAAGGGACGAUGGAUGCUCGAGGCGAAUAUGGAAUGGUUAGCGCAGCGAUCACAGUUUGCCUAUACGGAAGUUGCUGCAUACACGAUGCCUCUCUACCCGAAGAAAAUCGGUAGAUAGAAUCAAUUGUUUUCACUUGCACAGUAGCGAAGCUGUUCCUCCUGCUAGGCCGCUCAGACUCAACGUGGAUACUGGUUGUUUCGUUUAUUUUACACAUUCCAGUAAAUCUUCAUCUUAAUUCCUUCAACGAACCACAGAGCUUAAGUGUGCGCUGUGCCCAGCUGCCGAGGAGGAUCUGUUUUUCCGGACGAUCGCGAAAAUAAUUGUGAUGGUUACUUAUGGUGUCAUCGCUCUCAUUGCGGUGCUUGGAAUCGUGGCCAAGAAAUUGCGGUCACGACGAUUCUCAAAACUUAUAGGCAAUUCUGGAUUGCCUCCGAUACCCUUUCACAAUCACGAGAUCCCGGUCAUGCAAGUCGCAGCAGCGCAAGGCGCGACUACGUCGAGUCAAGCUCGCCUAGUCGACCGCCGGGAGGUACCAGAACCGCAGACACUGGAAGGGCAGAAACGCGUCUCGUUCAACGGCGGACCCGAUGAGGUAUUUAGAAGCUAUUGAGGGUGCUAUUAGAAGCAGCUAAUUUAGAUUUACCUCAAAUAGACAACAAUUUUACCAUCGGUGAGGAGAGCGGUAAAAAUAUCUAUGCCAAACCAAUUAAGUACAAGAACAGUGGAAAAAUGUUGCAAGAAGAGGGGCCUCGUCCACAACUCUAUCCAGGUUCGUGCUUAUCCGGACCCUGAACUGUCGGAGCAAAUGCGUCUGCAGUUGCAACAGCAGCAAGAAAUCAAGGACCAGCUGGCGAAACAGACAGAGAUGUUAGGGCUUGAAUUCUGAACCAAAAGCAAGGGAAGUUUCUAAGUAUAUACCAGAGGAAUCGUUGUGCUUGUUCUUGUUUGUAAGCCGUGUCAGCUCUAGCGUGCCGACUGAUUAUCGAUUUUCGUUCCACGAUGUCGUAGCUCUAAUCAUGCAGGAGAAGUUGCAAACGCAGCAGGCGGAAGAAUUAGAGAAACAGCAGCGGGAGAUCCAGGAGAAGCUGAAGCAGCAACAAGAAGCGGAAGAGGAGCGGCAAAAAAAAAUGCAGGAGGAAAUGAAGAAGCAAGAGGAGCUGCAAGCGCAGAUGCGGGAACAGCAGAAAAAACUGCAAGAACAACAAGAAGAGGCUCUGAAGGCGGCGCAGGCAGCCGCCGCCGCAAAAGCGCAAGCAGAAGCUCUGGCAGAAGCGGCGGAAGAGAAAGAGCAAGCUUACGAACCAAGUACAGCUACGGUCUACUUCGGGAACGACGAGGACGGAGCUAGUAGCGGAGGCCUCCAGGGAAGUUUCAACCUUGCGGGAGGUAACGCCGAUGCUGGAAAUAUGUUCGGAUCUAUGGGCGGUCAAGUGGUGGUGGAUCCUGGAGGCUUUGGUUCGGCAGCGGGUGGUGGUUUUGCUCCUGAUGCAGGCUUUGGGUUCGGCAAUGCGGACCAGGGAACCUCGCGUGGCUCGGUCGCGAUCGGUCAAGGCAUGCCUGGUAGUAUGAUGGGAGGCUUCGGCAACGUUAGCCCUCGUGACUUUGGCAGUCCUGGGGAUGCCUCUUUCGGAACUCCUCUGGACGAAGGACAGCAAAUCGUGGUAAGCUCGCAAUUCAGUCUUUUGAAUUAUGCAGCAGUUUCUUAUGGAAUUCGAAUUCCUCGUUUAUUGAUAUCCACAUCUGAUCUGACUAUCGUUUUUCAGCUUAACCAAUCUCAUACAACUUAAUACAGUUUCAUAGAGGAUUUCACUUUAAUUACGACUACCGUUCUAAGAGUAUCAUUAAUUUUCCUUUCAUCUACUUCGUUCCACAGUCGUUGUCUGAAGUCCGAUACUUAUAAAACAAAAUCAACAGCGUACAAUGAUGCAAAUAUUUGCUCCGGAUGGAAGCAGCCGGAGUGCAGGUCUCGAUUUCGCCAAAGACUGGUCAGUAAAAAGCGUUGAAGCCGGAGGCCAGGCAGCCGAGCUUGGUAUUCAGGUGGGUUGGCAAAUGCUCGAAUUCAACAAGGUUCCCGUGGAAAAGGGAUUCAAACUCAAGACUGUCAAGCGCGCAUUGAUUGAGAGUGGGGCCAACGAGUACGAAAUUGUUUGGAACCCAGCACGGCCUGGGACAACGUGAAGGUCCAUUUUGGGCUACUGAAAACAAAAAUUCGAUGAAAACUUUCCAAUCGUACAUCCAGAUUAAGUUUAGUUUCGUGUUGUAGUUGAGGUAUUCCCAUGACAAGAACGUCUUUUGAAGCGUAGCUUACAAUGCGGAGGAAAGAGAGAGACAAAUGAGCAACUUCCUGCGUAAAUAGUUGUACAGCGUAAAUUGUUGUACACUAGAAGCACGCAGCAUGAGCCGCGCGUUGAGCAGUAUUGUCUAAAUCGAAUCACAACGAAACGGUGGAGAAAAUUGAAUAGUUCAAAAGCUAGCACUUGCAAAGAAGUAAAGCCACGAAAUAUUUCCAAGAAACCACGCAAAGCAGGUCCGUCGACGGAAUCGUUUACAUCUGAUGUCAAUUCUGAAAAACAGACAAGAGGAAUAGAAGACGUUAUAUAUAAAAGCACCAUAGGUUUCUGGUUUGGUGAUAUUGGAAGAAAAAUGAGAACUGGUAAAGCUACGUUACCCUCGUUCAUAAAC